UCUCCAAGUAUUGUUAUGGCGUUAAAGGAUCAGGCUUAUAUUGACGAUCUUCUCGCUGAAAGCUUUGCAUAUUUCGAACAGGGCCUAUGCUGUGAUGAGGCAAAUGACGAGGAGAGCGCUUGUCACAUGUAUAAGUUAGGCUUGGAAGUUCUCAAAUUGGCAGAGAAGCAAAAAGGAUGUGAAACUAAUGAAAAAUACAAGAACAUGCUCGAGACAAAAGAAAAAGUGAAGGAAAGGUUAAAUUCUUUGAAAGGAUCUUCUCCACAAAUCUGUAACGAGAAAAAUGAAUCCAAAAUUCUGCUGAAGGAAAAUUUAACAAAUGAUAUUAGGGAACAUCUUCAGACGACAUCUUUUCCAGAAGCCGAACUAAUUUUUCUUAUUCCGAAUGGAGUUCAGCUUUUCAUGAUAGAGGGAGGUGACACUACUGUACCGACGGUACCUUCAUCUCUUGAAAUAUUUGAAUUGCCGAAACAGAUUGAAGGUUCGGGACCCCCAAAUGCUGAUGCCUUCAUGAAGGUUGGACCUUGGAUUUAUCCUCUGAAAUCUGGUAAUAUUCCCAUUUUAAAAAAUGAGUUUGGUGCCUACGUGAUGCCGAAUCCUACGCCCGAUCAUCCAAAUUUGUUUGUCGGCUUGCUUCUUCCAUCAAAUUUGGGAAGUGAAGUUGAAGCAAAUUUUGUUAAAAUACUAGAGUGUUUUGCUGAGGUUCGUGAUCAAGAAAUUUCUAAAGAAUUGAGUAAAGAAGAGAAGAAAAGACUGAGUGAAAAAAUUGCUGGAUUACUUGUUCAAGGUAGUGAAAACAUCGCGUGGGGAGUAAAUUUUGCCGCGGAAAAGACAUCAGAAAUGAUUUCUGAACGUACGACGAGGUUUCGGUCGUCAAUGACGCCAAAUGAGCAGCCAAUGCGUGUAAACCCACUGAUUCGUACUGGUGUUUACUGCGUUCAUGGGGGUAGUAAAGUUGUGGCCAAGUGCACCAGAUAUCUGUUGGAAAAAAUUGGAGACAUGGGAAUUGCUAUUGGUAAAAAGUUGGCGUCUGGUGCAGAAAAAACUCUUGGGGAUUCAAAAGGGGGAAGACUUGUCAGCGGUACAAUAACGAUCCUAGCGGGUGGAAUAGCUGGCGUUGGUACAGUGUGGUUAGCUUUGGAGGAUGCUUCAAAAACUUUGUGUAAAAAUAUUGCAAACGAAACAGUCGAGACCGUAAGACAGAAGUAUGGUGAUGAAGCGUCUUUAACAACUCAUAGAGCUCUUUAUGCUACAGGACAUACUACCCUUGCUGCAUUACAGUUAUAUGAUCUAGGACCUAGAGCCAUUUUUGGAAGAGCUGCUCGUAAAGCCGGAAUUCAUUUUGUUAAAACUUUGCACGAAGCGCAUUCAGCAGAUGAUUUAAAAAAGGAGGAAGCAAAUAGAAGCUCCAAAAAGUCGUCUAGUUCACAGAGUGAGAAACAAGAUUGA